AUGGAAGUCAUCUUCAAAGAAUUGGACAAAGGAUUCCAACUUCAGAUUGAUAUGUCGAGCAAAAGUCGAACUAUACCAGUGCGAUCAAUGAGCAAUUAUACUGAAUUUCACGCUUCUCUUCCUCCUGGUAUUGAACAAAUAACAGAAACCGAUUGGGUACAGAGUGCGGAGUACAGCCUGACCAUGGCACAGAACGCAUCCCACUAUCCCGGGGGCGUGAGGGUCAGGGACGUAAGGAGUACCAAGAUACGAUGGACCAAAAACCAGAGUAAAUCGAUAAUGGAACGCUUCGAUGAAAUGGUUAACGCGCAACUACAGAGACACAGAAAAGUAGGAAAUUUAAGACUUUCCAACUUAAUGGAGGAAAAUGAUAUACGAGACGCAAAAUUACACCCAAAAAUUCACCAUCUCCCAAAAACACUAACAAGCAUGAGCAGUGCUAACGUUUCAUCCCACUUAUCAACCGAAACUGACAAUGACUUGGUGGAGGCUGUUGAGGCACUGGUCUGCGCGGAGGACAUGGCAAAAUUUGCGGAAAAAAUAGUUGCGGCGGAGGCAGCUGUUGCUGCGGUGCCCCCGGAACUAGCUGAAGAGGCCGCACUGGCCGUGACACGUAGCUAUCAGCAGUCCGAGGAUAAGGUCACUAAGAUCAAAGAAGUCGUGCAGGGUGAUGCUGUUAUUGAGGUCGUUGGGUAUAUCGGCGUCAGAACACGUAAAAACCCAUCACGCCAUUCAAGGGUUAAUUACAAAGACGCACCUUCUUGCUGCUCUUGCUCCAAUUAA